AUGGCAACUUUUCGAAGCCCUCGCUGCAACAGCCGCCGCCCCGCCUCGCUUCGCCCGCUCGAUGUGCACAUCAUCGAGUCAAACGCGGAGUACCAUGGCUUGUCCCAAGGUCCCGGAAAGAAGAAGCUCACCCGAAUGGAAAUUGAGAUGAUCAGGCUCUCCGCCCUGCGCCAUCCGAACCUCCUCUCUAUGCUCGCCGUCAACAAGCGAAGGGCAGCGCUGCUGGGCGUGCUCCAAAACAGCGAGUGUCUGAGGGAGGAAAGAGUUUCUGCAGGCGUCAACACACGCGGCAUCUUCCUUGCAACGCGCGAGAACCAGCUUCAGUUGAAGCGCGUCAAGCUCGACAAGGUUAAGGGCCACGCUCCCCUGCGCGACCAGCCACACCACUCGAAUUUGUUUGGGCCCGACGUGAAGGUGGCGAACGGUGAACUAGGGCUGCCAGAGGCUUGUUCCUAUAAGGUCCCCCGAGCUCUUCUAAUGAGGCCCGGUAAUGUUCGCCUUUUCCUCCCCCUAUUCAUCCGGAUCUAUGUUGCUCAAUUGCAAGAUGCGGUGCCAAGAGGUCUCGUGCGCUUCAAGCGCUUCCCUCUCCGUUCGGAGGUAGUCGACUGGGCUGUGUGGCUCGUGUUUUAUCUAGGAACCACAGGAGACGAAUAUGGUCGUAAUUUGCUGACAUAG